AUGGGUACUAAAGAAGAAACGGCGAUCAAUAUGUCCAGGCAGUUGUAUUCGUUUACGGACAAGUUGACACCACAAGACCAACAAUUUUUUGAGUUAGUAAAGAGUUGCAACUUACCAGCGAUUGAAAAGUAUUUGAAAACCAACAGUGUAAAUAUCAAUAUGAAAUACCAGGGAGACACACCGUUGCAUCUGGCUAUAAAGAAUCAAUGCGAACCCCUAGUCGAUUUAAUCCUUCAACAAAAAGGUGUAAACAUCGGCGAUUCUAUGCUGUUGGCGAUCACGUACGACAACCUCAAGCUGCUGGAUCGACUUCUAGAAUUUGAGGAGACUAACGGCAGAGCCAACAGCCGUGGCAGGGGUAGUGGGUGGAAAAGGAUGGAGCCAAGUCCAUAUGGCUCAUCGCAUGACGAUGACAACGAUUCGGAAGAGUUCCCGCGAUUCAUGACGCCGCUGUUGUUGGCCACGCAAUGUGGCCUGUACGAGACGGUAGAGUACUUGCUGAACCGCGGCCACACGUUGGACAGGCCGCACCCACCGCGGUGCACGUGCGAUGAACGAUGCGCAGCCGCGGCCAAGCGCGGCGAGGUGGUCACCGACGGCUGUGAACGGCUGAAUGCGUACUGGGCCAUCAGCAAUCCGGCGUUUAUAUGUACCACGUCCACCAUCUCCGACCCUGUGCUCUGGUGCUUCCAGUUGCGUGACGAACUGUUACGAUGUGGAUCUGAAGAACAGGUGUACAAGGGCACGUACACGUCAAUGGCCGAGCAGGUGCAUAUCGAACGUCAACGUUUAUUUAGGAAGCGCAUAAAGAAUCCAAAAAUAUUGUGUCCGACCGGCAAUUUUAGCAGACAAAUAUUUUGGUUGACAAUAUUAUAG